AUGAAAACCCUACCAGGGGCUUGUGCUACUUUAGUUUAUGUCAUCAUCCUAAUCUUAUAUUUAGCUUUUCAACUUCGUUCUAUUGGCGAAGUUUCUCAAGUUGUUUAUCAGUAAUCGUUUACGGCUCUAGAGGAUCAAAAAUUGGAGCUAACUGCAGAUAAUUUUCAUUUUGAACUCUCUGUGGGAGCACAAGAUUAAUUAAAAGAUUUGAUGGAUGUAUAAGGAUAUCUCAGUGUUUACGGGAGAGUGUCUAAUUACAAUAAUCAAGGAAUAUUAAACUCUACGUUAGACAUCAUGUUCAGACCAUGUAGUCACAAUGAUUAAUACUAUGAUAGAUUUGUUAGUUUUUGCUUAUUAAAUGGAACGACUAUAACUCUUGACAAUCGAAAAUCGAAAUUGAAUAUAUACUUGACUAAAUGUGAUAAGAGACUGAACAUAUAUGGUACUGUUUAAUGCUAUUAAAGCAAUAAUACUCAGUUAUUCAAAUACAUCAAUGAGCGCUCUGUUUAAGUCUGA